AAACAAAAAAUAUAAUGAAAAAUAAUAGAAUAAAAAAUUAUUUUUCAAAUAUUUUUAUAUUUUGGAUGGCAAUUCAAUUACAAAUUUUGUGUUGUAAAGGUGAAAAUAAAAUUACAGAAAAAAUAUAUGGAGAAAUUGGUAAAGAUAUUACAAUUAAAGCAGAAUUUAAAAAUAUAAAAAAUAAAAAUAUUUCAAUAAGAUGGGAACCAGUUUAUUCUAGUGCAAUUGUUGAUAAACGUUUUGAAAUUAAAAAUGAAAUUAAUACUGAAAAUUUAACAUCAAUUUUGAAAAUAAUUAAUUUUCAUAAAAAAGAUGAAGAUAUAUUCCUUUGCUAUUUGAAUAAUGAAGGUAAUAUCUUUAAAAGUUUUGAAAUCAUUGCAAUUGAAACUAUUUCAAUUGAUCAUAAAACAUGGGUUGAACAAUUAUACGAUAUUAAAGUUUAUGCUAGAAUUGGUCAAACAAUAAAAUUUAUAACAAAUGGUUUUGUUAAAGAUUAUUUUUUUGAUUGGUUUCAAUAUAAAAGCGAAUCAGAACAUCCAAUAAUUUUAAAUGAUUAUAAAAAAUAUUUGUAUACAAGUGCAAAUGAAAUAUCUAAUUUGACUAUAAGAGAUUUAACAUUAGAUGACACAGCUAAAUAUAGUUUAUUUUAUUUAGAAAGAAAUCCGUGGAAUGUAUUUGAACUGAACGUUCUUGAUGAUAUUUUAAUUCAAAUGAAAAAAUUUCAUUAUUUUCAAAAUUCAUCUGAAAUUCGAAAAGAAAUUGUUUGCCGUGUUUAUGCUCAAUUAAAUGAAACGAUUUCAUUUCACAUUUGUAAUACAACAUUAAGUGAUGAAUGCUCUAAUUAUGAAUUAAUAACAUCAAGUGAUAAUAUAACCGAAAUAAAAAGAAAUUCUUAUGAAAAUGGUGUAAUUAAUUAUAUAUUAUUGUAUCCAUAUAAGCAUUCUGGUAAAGUUAAAUGUUCAUCAUCAACAAAAAAUUCAAAAGAAACUGUUGUUAAAAUUGCAUCAUUUCCUAGUACAUUCUCUAUAACACCAUAUAUAGAUAUUGAUCAAGAAAAUACUAAAAAUACGAAUGAAAAUAAAAUUGAAAUACUUAAAAAUGGUACAGUAAUUUUUAGACUUGGUAGAGAAGUACAUUUAGAAUGUGCUGUUAAUUCAGAAAGAUUUGAAAAUAAUAUAAAAUGGUUAGAUCAUACUGAUACAGAACUUGGUAAAAAUAAUGAUCAAUAUACUGUUACAAAAAGAACUGAAGAAUAUUUAAAUACAAAAUUUUAUAUUUCAACAUUAUCAAUAAGUCCAUUGUAUGAGGAAAUUGAAGAAAAUUAUACAUGUAGUGCUUAUUCUUCAAUCUCACAUGAUUAUGUGUUGAAAGUGUUAAAUGUUGUAUUUAAAAGACCAGAAAGACCAAUAGCCGUAUGGAUUAUUAUAAAACUUAUAUUACUCGCUCUUCUACUAUUGUUAGUUUUAAUUGAAAUCGUACGAAAAAUAAAAGCUGCAAAAAGAAAAAGUAUAUUCCCUGAACCGAUGGGUCUUAACAAAAUGGCUGAUUCAUCAUUCCCACUUUUUGAUUUUAUCAAAUAUUUACCAUAUGAUAAAUCAUUUGAAUUCCCUGAAAAACGAUUGACUUUAGGUAAAUGUCUCGGAUAUGGUAAUUUUGGUAUGGUACAUCAAGGAAUUGCAAAAAAAAUUUUACCAAAAGAAGAAAAAACUCUUGUUGCCGUGAAAACUGUUAAAGAUGUUAAAAAUUCUGAAGCAAUUGGUUGUUUAAUAUCUGAAAUGAAAAUUAUGAUUCAUUUAGGAAAACAUUUAAAUGUUGUUAAUUUAUUGGGUGCCAUUACAAAAAAUGUUAACAAAGGUGAAUUAAUGGUAAUCGUUGAAUAUUGUCGUUAUGGAAAUUUAGAAAUGUUUUUAAGAAAUCAUCGUAGUAAAUUUAUUAAUCAAAUUGAUCCAAUAACUGAUGCUAUUGAUCCAAAAAUUACUAAAGAUCUAUUAACUGGAGAUAAUAAUACUGGAAGAUUAUCAACUGCAACUGAUUCCACUUAUAUACCAUCUAAUACAGCUCUUAUUCAACCUAGUACAUCAAGAAUUUCAAAAAGUGAUGAUAUUGAAGAUGAUAAUUUAUCGAAAGUUAAAAAUGAACCAAAUAAUUCGAAUAUGUUUGAAACAUUAACAACAACUGAUUUAAUAUGUUGGGCAUACCAGAUAACACGUGGUAUGGAUUUUAUAUCAAAACGUAAUAUUAUGCAUGGUGAUUUAGCAGCUAGAAAUAUAUUAUUAGCUGAUGAUAAUAUUGUUAAAAUAUGUGAUUUUGGUUUAGCUAAAACAAUGUCAGAUCAAUAUGGUAAUUAUAUUAAAAAACAGGGUGGACAAUUACCAGUUAAAUGGUUAGCAAUUGAAUCAUUACAAGAUAAUAAAUUUAGUAUUAAAUCGGAUGUAUGGUCAUUUGGUAUAUUAUUAUGGGAAUUAUUUUCAUUGGGAUGUACACCAUAUCCUGGUAUUAGUGCAAGAGAUUUUGAUUUUGUAUUAAAAUUAAAAAGUGGUUAUCGUAUGGAAAAACCAGAAUAUGCAAAUCAAGAAUUAUAUGAUAUAAUGAUGAAAUGUUGGCAAGAAGCACCAGAAGAUCGUCCCAAAUUUUCUGUAUUAGAAAAUAAUUUUGAAAAAUUUCUGGAAGACGAUAUAUAUACGCAUUAUAUACAUAUGAAUGAACCAUAUCUUCAAGCGAACGAAGAAUAUUUUAAGAAACAGGAUGAAAAAAAGCAUAAUUAUUUAACAAUAUUGAAUGCACCAAAUGAUGCCGAACCAAAAUAUUUAAAUGAUGUUUCUGGAUACCUAAGAAGUGUAAGAAAUUUUGAGAAAAAAAAUAUCAAAAUGAAUCGAUAUGUAAAAACACCUUUGACGGAAAACCUCCAGUUUGAUUUUAGGGACAAUGAUCGGAAUUCACCACGUUAUGAGAAUAAUUUUAAUAGUUUGAAGAAGAGGAAAUCUUGAAAAGAAUUUGAUUUUUUUCCUUAACAAUUUAAAAAAUUUUUUACAUGUAUUGUAAUGUUUUUUUUUUUAAACUAAAAAUUAUGGUAAUAAAAAAAAUAUUUCAUGCCAUU